CGCAUAACUGGACCUUAGAACAUCAUCUAUGUGGUCAUAUAAAAUAAAAACAGUAUAUAUAGAGAGAGAAAGAGCACGAGAGAGAGAGAGAGAGAGAGAGAGAAGUGGACAGAGUGAAGAGAGAGCGCAGAUGUCCGGGAACUGGAUCCUGCAUUCAUUCAAACCCUAACGUCACUGUUGUAUUCAGCAUGUAGUUGGAACUGGUGAAGUUUGAAAGUUUCUCAUUCCGUCGACGCAACUCUAUUGCCUGGACAAAUAAUUACGUUUUUACAGACUUCACAAUCAUUCUGUAAUUGUGUAUGACCAUUCUGAAUAGUUUCUGUGUAUGUUUCAUUUCUAACUCUACACAAGAACAGCUGAUCAAAAAAGGUCAAGGAUGUUUAGAUCUCAAAAUGUAACAUUUCUGCGUAAUAUUCUUGAUAAAUGUUUUGUAAACAGUACAGUACUUCGUUGGAGGACGUCCUCUGUAGGACACAUAUCCUCUGAUGAGGUGGAAGCCAAACCAUUGAAUGCUAUACCAGGACCAGGAGGUCUGUACCAGUGGCCGUUGAUUGGAUCUUUAUUAAACUUUAAACCUUUCACCAAAUUUACGACGGAAACUAUCCACGAGUAUUUAGACCAGUUGCAUGACAAAUAUGGACCUGUGGUCAAGCUACAAUUAGGUUCUCAAGUGGUCGUCAUCAGUGACCCUAAAGACAUUGAGACGGUGUACAGAAAUGAAGGGAGAUAUCCUCAGAGGCCAGGCCCUUCUAUCCUUGAUGCCUACAACAAAAGAAACAACAUUCAAGACAAUAUUGGACAACUUCAAGGUGAAGCCUGGCACGCGCUAAGAACUCCAGUCAACAAACGAUUAAUGAAAGCUGAUUCUGCUACCCACUACCUGGAGCAACAAAAUAAAGUCACAGACGACUUCGUUCACAUUCUGGGAACACAAAAUUUUACCCCCGAAACUUCUCAAGAUCUUUUCUUCCGUUACGCUUCAGAAAGUAUAGCCGUUGUAAUUUUUAAUAAAAGACUUGGACUGUUUGAGGCCAAUCCAGAUCAAGGAUCAGUCGAUUUUCUGAAGGCAGCCGAAACUUCACUCCAUAUGAUACAAAAAGCAGGUCUUGGAAAAUCUCUAGCACAUAAAUGGUACCGAAAUAAGACUUACAGAACAUUUGAAAAUUCCCAGAACCUUGUGAGGAGGGUUGCUAUUGGUCAUAUUGAGCAAGCAAGAAAAGUUUUAGAGCAAGAAAUGAAGACAGGAGAGUUUAAUGAAGACAGCCCGAAUUUGCUUUACUCUUUAUUGUCAGAUAAGAAGUUGACCAAUGAAACUGUAGCUGAUUUAAUGAUAUCUCUUUAUUUUGCUGGAACUGACUCGACUGCCAAAUACACUCAAGUCUUUUUAUACAAUUUGGCCAAACAUCAAGAGAAACAGCAAAAUUUAAGAAAAGAAAUUUUAGACCUAUUGGGACCAGAAGGACCUUUGACCGCUACAGCGUUAUCAAAGAUGGUGUAUUUAAAAGCUGCACUGAAAGAAUCGUUUAGAAUGAUCCCACCAGUUGCGAUUGGUAACACCAGGAUUCUGCCAGUUGAUUUAGUUUUAGGUGGCUAUAAGGUGCCUGCAGGGAUGAAAGUUUUUAUGUUCAACAAAAGACCUGCGAGAACACAUUUUGAGAACCCCAAUCAGUUUCUCCCUGAGAGAUGGUUGAGGUCAGAAGACAAUACAAAGAAAGAUUCAGCUCACAGUAUGAUUGUCUUACCUUUUGGACACGGCCCCAGAAACUGUAUAGGUCGACGUUUUGCUGUCCAAGAAAUUUACUUGGCAGCUGUCAAGGUGCUACAAAAACUUCAGAUUGAUCUACAGCCAGAGUCAGCUUUUGAGAGAUUCAUUUAUCUCCCCUUUGCACAAGCAGAGAAACCUAUUAGGUUUAAAUUUACCAAAAUUGUCUAAAUAAUAUUCUCAGAAAAUGAUUUUCUUGGACUAUUUCCUAGCCUUUUAUAAAACAUUAACCGAAAUUCACUUUGAAAUAAUCAGAUUCUGAUGAAAUCUUAAGAAUCUAAAGAAACAAACUUGAUAGAGAAAUAUUUCAAAUGGUCUGUUCAUAAUAAAAGGCUAUUACCGUUAUACAAUAUUUGAGACUAACUACACAGAAAGAAUUGAAUUAAGGGAGAGAAAGCUUUGACAUUUUAACGAAAUUAUUUUUUGAUCCCCUUUAAUGUUUUCUCUUAUAUAAAGGAAAAGUUCUUUCUAUUUUGUCAAAUGUGUGUAAAUAAUCUUAUCUUUUUUUUUAACAACUAUUUUAAAAUACAACACACCAUAUCAGUUACUUUUUGAUAACUGUAUUUCAUUUUAAAAUAUUGUAACAUCUUCUGUCAUCUUAAAAUAUUAUAACAUCUUCUGUCAUUUUAAAAUAUUAUAACAUCUUCUGUCAUUUUAAAAUAUUAUAACAUCUUCUGUCAUUUUAAAAUAUAACAUCUUCUGUCAUCAUGUUUUAUAAUUACCAAGUGAAAAAUUGAUGAAGUAAAGCAUGAAUCUUCUUGACAUUAGAUGAGAAAGGUAGGACACUUAUUUAAAUGCGUCUGUUAUCUUGCAUGUUGACUCAUAAAAAAGAAAAAUUAAUUUAUUAUGACUAAUUGAUUAACUAAUUGGUUUAAAUUCACUUCAUAAAUGAUUUACAUCGUUCUGUUGUAAUAAUAAAAUUUAAAUGCCUGGUGAUGUGUCUUUAUUUUUAUAUUAAAUUGUACAGUUUCUGGCAUCUUAUAAAGGAUGCCGUAUCUAACUUUAUCAGAAGAAGCAAAGGAACAAAAAUUGUGCACCAGCAUAUUUCAUGUGCAUGGGUUCUAGUCUUACUUCAGCAUUAAAAUGUUUUAUAAAAUGUUUUUCAAACAAAAUCAGCCUGGAGAAACAGGACAGAUAAGUAAAUGUAAUGAAUCAAUAGGGAGGAUUUGUUAUAAAUAGGAUAUUUAUAUACCUUUCAUAAAGGCUUAAUUUUUAAAAAUUUCAAUGAACAGUAUUUUGUGAUUAUUCACACAAAGCACAAACCCCAUGUACAAAUUGAGCUGCAAUCAUUUUUGAAAAGGUGAAGGUGUUUAUUCUACAUUUUUUAAAGGAAGCUAUGAGUGUUUCUUUAAACUUUUUGUUUUGUUCACAUUGUUAAUGGCUUCUGACACAAUAGAAUAGUCCAUCGAAAAGUCGAAUGCUGAUGUGUACAGCAAACUUUUGUUGCGAUCAUUCUAUUUAUAUUCAAAUGUGUUGCAUCAUUAUCAUCUUCUAAUCUAUGAUGUAAUAGGCUGUUUCACCAAAUCAUCCGAUAGAUUUUUUAAAAUAAACUGAUAUAGUAUUAUCUUAACUGCAUUUUAAAUAGUUCCCCUUUCAGACCUUGCAAUCUAUAGGGUCGAUGAUGUAAAGGUCAUCUGUUUCUGUGGCCCACAGUUAACAAGAGUGCUAUGUGGCCAGCACAAAAACCAACCGCUGUUACUUUUCCCCAAAUAAUGUCAAGUACCCAUUAGAGCUGGGUGUAGAGGCCCAAAAGAUCCCAUAGGUACAAAUCCCAGCUUUCAUCAGGAUUCAACCCAGGGACCCCAUUAACAUGAAUGAACCUAUAUUCUUAAUUAUUAUUUCACAUAGAUGCUAGAGGAAAGAGAAAGCUUUCACAAUGGGACACACAUUCAAGACCCAAGAAAAGUCCUUGCCAAAGAUAGGCGCAGACAGCAAAAAAAAACAAAAAAAAAACUAAA